AGAUAGUGAGGUCUUCUUUUAUCAAUUCACGCGAUAGACGAGCCAUCCAGCGUACAGUGAUUAACUGCAUCUUAGCGGUAAUGAGAAUCGUCUUUCUGCAGCUCUAAUGUGUUUGCGUAAUUGAAGAGAAAAUGUCUGUUAUUGGAGUUCGCGAAUUUUUCGGUAAUCGGGCAUCGGCGGAAAAAAUUGCAGUCGUUGGAGGAGGAAUUGUAGGGGUGACAGCUGCAGUCGCUGUCAAGGAGAGUUUUCCGCGGUGUGAGGUGACAAUUUUUAGUGAAAACUUCACUCCUGAUACUACUGGAGAUGGGAGCGCCGGCCUCUGGGGUCCCUUCCUCUGUGGAAUCGAGUCGCAGGAUAAUAUUGUUCGAUGGGGUGGUGGCACUCACCGUUGGCUCGAGAGCCUUUGGAAGUUGGGAUUGACACCUGAGACUGGAGUCCAACUGUUACCAGUCACUCGUGUAUCAAGCAUCCCCGGUUUCUAUCAAACAGUGGAAUGGUUCCACUUGGUGUACGGCUAUCGUCGCCUAGGUGAUGUGGAAAUAGCCCGAUUGAAUGAAGAGCACGGCGCUAACUACUGCGAGGGGCUCGAGUUCCUGACGUACACGAGCGAGCCAAAGAAACUUUUGCCCUGGCUAAUGAAUAAAUUUCACUCAUUGGGUGGAACAAUGAAAACCAGAAAGAUCAAUAAACUGGGCAAAUUAGCUGAGGAGGGAUAUGGAAUUGUGAUAAACUGCAGUGGCCUUGGAGCGCGGGAGCUUGUGGGGGACUCAAUGGUUAAACCCAUUAGAGGUCAAGUUACUCGGGUCAAUGCACCCUGGUCCUACCGGGUUAUUCUUUGCGAUGACGAUGAUGGAAAUUAUAUUAUCCCGAACGUUGACAGUGUCAUUCUCGGUGGGACGCACCAAGAAGACGACUACGACACAACCGUUCGUCCGCUUGAGUCCAAGUUUAUUCGCCAGGGAUGCGCUAAAAUAGUUCCAGCCCAUGAAACCAGCGAAACUAUCAAAGAAUGGGUGGGAUUGCGCCCCGGGCGAACAACAAUUCGACUAGAGCCUGAAACCUUACACACGGCGAAUGGAGAGGCCUUCACUGUAAUACAUAAUUAUGGACACGGGGGAAGUGGAGUGACAUUCGCUUGGGGGUGUGCCCAAGACGUAGCAGAAAUCCUGAAAGGAAUCCUGGACAAAGGGCCUACAUAUCGCUCCCGCCUGUAGUCACGUGUAGUUGCAAU